CAUAAGUUAAAGGAUAAAGUACAAACCCUAGUUUGAAUUCUCACGGCCGACGUAUCACUCAUCUAUUAAGCUCCUCCGAGUUUUGUUGGCUUCAGACCGAAUCUUCUCCGGCGCUGUAGCGUUUCCCCGAUGGCAAGCGCUUGGAACAUGAGCAUUGCAAUGGUUCAUAGGGAUAUAGACAGGGAAUGGGGAGAUCAAUGUGGACUUGUUUCAUAUUGUUUUUAUUAUUAUUGGAGAUUCAUGGGAACCAUCUGGAGAAAAAUAUAUAUUUCAAAUUUUUAAGUAGCUUUUGGAGCACAUUGGAGCAAAUAAGCAUUUGGAGCUUGUGGAGCACUGCUCUGACCCAGGAUUGCUCUCACUUGUUUCCUCUUUGGUUUAUUUUAACCUUCGGAAACAAUGAGUGGGCGAUUUUCUCGGUCAAUCUAUGUUGGUAACUUGCCUGGUGACAUAAGAGAACAUGAGAUUGAAGAUCUCUUUUACAAGUAUGGCCGCAUUGUCGAUAUUGAAUUGAAGGUUCCACCUCGGCCUCCAUGUUAUUGCUUUGUUGAGUUUGAGCAUUCCCGGGAUGCCGAAGAUGCCAUCAAGGGCCGUGAUGGCUAUAACUUUGAUGGCUGUCGCUUGAGGGUUGAGCUUGCCCAUGGUGGUCGAGGACAGUCUUCAAGUGAUCGUCGUGGUGGCUACGGUGGUGGUGGCGGCGGCGGCUAUGGUGGUGGAGGUGGUGGUGGGGGAUCAGCUCGGUUCGGCGUCUCACGACACUCUGAAUUCCGAGUUAUUGUGCGUGGGCUCCCAUCAUCUGCUUCAUGGCAAGAUUUGAAGGAUCAUAUGCGGAAAGCUGGUGAUGUGUGCUUUGCUGAGGUGACUCGAGACAGUGAUGGAACUUAUGGCGUUGUCGACUACACCAAUUAUGAUGACAUGAAGUAUGCGAUAAGGAAACUUGAUGACACAGAGUUCAGAAACCCCUGGGCUAGAGGUUUUAUCCGGGUUAAGAAAUAUGAAAGCUCCCGAUCAAGAAGCAGAAGCCCAAGCAGAAGCAGAAGCAGAAGCAGAAGCAGAAGUCGAAGUCGUAGCCGAGGCCGUGGUCGCAGCCGAAGCCGCAGCCGCAGCCUUAGCAGAAGCAAGAGCCCAAGGAAGGAUCUGAGUAAAUCACCAAAACGAUCCCUUUCCAGAUCGAUUUCAAAAUCUAGAUCGCCAUCUCCCGACAAUAAGAAGAGUUCCCCCAGGGCAAUGUCGAGAUCAAGGUCCAGGUCCAGGUCCAGGUCUCCGUCCAAAUCUCCUCCCAAGGUUCGUGAAGGCAGUGUAUGAUUUUGUUGGGCGGUGAAAAGAAAGAGUGCGAAAAUUCUCAAGUCAAGAUCCAUUCUAUAUGUGUUUUUACUGUUUUCGGAUAAUUGACAUCUUCUGCUGUUCUCUGCUUCUUUGCUCACAAAAAUGAUCAUCUUUAUACUAUUCUCUCUUGUUAUGUUAUGAAUGCUUCCGUGAACAUUACCAUACCUUUGAGUUUUGUAUGGUUCGCCUGUUCUUGUUUAACACUAUAAAGUCCUAGCGAACCCAGAUUUCUUAUCA